AUGCCGGAGUCAGGGAGAUCGACUUCUGGUGAAGACAUUAGGCAGAACCAGAUCUUGGAUACCGUGGCCCACAAACCACAGCAAGAACAUGCAGCAAGAAAGGACAUCUGUGCUCUCGAAAUCGAAGCGAGUAUCGUGCAAGGUUUAGCAAACUAUGGGCUCUUGUUUGCACACCUGGAAUACAUUUACCAUGAGAAAUUACAAGAGACGCUUCUGGUCUCGGUCUUGCGGUCAGACCACGAGCAAAGUGAAUUUGACAUGCUCAACUACUUCACCUGUAUCAGUGCACCCAUGUUUCGACAGAGCCCCGUCACCGCCGUCGACCCGGUUCCCGAAACCCACGUCACCGGCGCAUCCGCAGACCCCGACCCAUCCGGCCGAGUCGAGACGAGCACUGUCGGAGACGAACCAGCCGUGGACGUGGUCGUCUCAGCAGCGACGCUCGAGGUCGUCGACGGCGCAAGCGGGUCAGCCGAGAGGAAGCUCGGCGUCGCCGUUGCGGUGCCCGAGUACAGCGGGCACCCGGGGACGCCCGUCUUGGGCGCCGCGCGGCCGCCGCCGCAGUCUGGCACCGUGCAGAUCUCCAGCGUGUCUGGGUCGUAG